AUGAGCUCAAGUUCCGAUGCUUCAGAAGGGGGUUAUUUCGAUGUUAUCAUCAUUGGAGCAGGCAUAUCCGGUAUCAAUGCAGCUUAUCGUCUGCAAACCCAGCUUCCCAAUUAUCACUACGUAAUAUUAGAAGGUCGCCGCAAUAUUGGAGGAACAUGGGAUCUCUUUCGCUAUCCGGGUAUUCGAUCCGACUCGGAUCUUUUUACUUUCGGCUUUCCUUGGAAUCCAUGGAAGAAGCAAAAUCCCAUCGCGGAUGGUGAAUCUAUCAGAAAAUACCUGGAAGAAUCGGCUUCCCUGCACAGGAUAGAUGGUCAUAUUCUCUUCAAUCACUACCUGUCGCUAGCAUCGUGGUCCUCUACGGAUCGACUCUGGACCUUGACUACCCAUUCUAAUGGCGUAAAGAAACUCUUUUCGGCACGAUUUGUGGUCUUUGGCACCGGAUAUUACGAUUACCAGAAGCCGUUGGACGCGGUCAUUCCAGAGAUUGAACACUUCCGAGGCCAGGUCAUUCAUCCGCAAUUCUGGCCUGAAGACCUGGAUUAUACAAAUCACCAGGUCGUCAUCAUCGGCAGCGGCGCAACCGCCGUGACUUUGCUACCGGCAAUGACACCGAAAGCAAGUCGGGUCACCAUGUUGCAGCGAAGCCCAACAUAUAUAUUUUCAGUGCCCAACAGAGACUCGACUCGGUCGCGGAUCGGGCACCUGGUUCCUGAAACCUGGUAUCCCAAGUUGAAGCGUUUAGCAUGGGUCAUUCGUUCAUAUCUUUUUGUGUUUUUCUGUCGGCGGUAUCCCAAUGCCGCGAAGAAACUAAUGGCCAAGAGUGUCAUCAAGCAGCUGCCGGCGACCAUCCCAUUUGACCCACAUUUCAAACCUCGAUAUUCACCAUGGGAUCAAAGGCUUUGUUUCUGUCCCGACGGUGACUUCUUCAAGGCAUUGAGUACUGGCAAGGCUUUUGUCGAGACCGGUGUGAUUCGAGAAGUGGUAUCGGAUGGCAUCGUGUUGGCCUCGGGCACGAAACUAGAUGCCGAUAUCAUCGUAACAGCCACUGGGUUGAAACUGCAGUUUGGAGGUGGCGUGAAAAUCGAAGUCGACGGAGCGUCCCUCGCGAUCUCUGACAAGUUCAUAUGGAACGGCGUCAUGCUCCAGGAUGUUCCUAAUGCGUCCUUCGUCAUGGGCUACACCGACGCCUCUUGGACACUGGGUGCAGACACCGCCGCGCAUUUCAUUUGCAGACUUCUCAAAUAUCUUGACCGUCACCAGUUCUCUGCCGCAGUUCCUUGCGUGCCGUCAUCUGCAGUACUGGUCGACACACCGGUCCUGAAUCUCAACUCGACCUAUGUGCGCCUGGGAGCGAAGAAUCUCCCGAGAGCUGCCACUCAGGCACCUUGGACUGGGCGGAAGACAUACUUUCAAGACAUGGCCUGGGCGAAGUUUGGUCGUCUAGACCAGGGAUUGAAAUUCAUGGGAUGCGCCUCAUCCUGA